AUGGAUGCGCACUCUCUGAUAUGUCCCAGUGGGGAAAGGGUUUGUUCGAUCUGCUUGAAGCCUUGCCAAGGCCCAGCCAUGCAACCCUGCGGGCACAGCUUUUGCCAGUCGUGCUCCAACCGAUCCUGGGUGGAUGAACUAAAGGAGAAAGUCACCUGCCCCGGGUGCAGGGAAACCUUUCUGAGAAAUAAGGCAGGCACUCUUGGGAAAACGGAAGAGGCCACCCGGCUGACCACAGUGGAUGAAACAAAACAGUCAGCUCAGAGUAUCUGUGAGAUACACAAGGAAAUAUUAAAUCUUUUCUGUGUUGAGGAUCAAGCCCCACUCUGUUCAGUCUGCAGAAAAUCCUGGGAUCAUUCAUCACACACUGUGAUUCCCAGAUGGGAGGACAGUUUUCCAAGAUCAAAGCCUUCCGAUUCUGGCAUUAUAGGAUACUCAAACACAGCAACUUGCAUCAAGGGAAACGGUAAAGAAAUGUAGCAUUUUGUGAUGAUAAGUGCAUGGCUUGUGAUAUCCUGAAGCAAACGUUAUGGGAAUUAUUAGAUAAAUGUCUGGAAGUAAAACCACAGGUUUAUCCUCACGCCGUUUAAUGGUUCCAUGUCCUGUCAAGGGGAGGGAGAUAUACCAGGGCAGCUUUGCAGAACUGGUAUCUUUUGAGGUGGAGGUGGGGAUUCAACUCUGCAUGCAUAGCUCUUCAAAGGCUUGCAGCACAAAAAUGGGAAAAAUAAGUCGACAGUGAAAGAAUAGCUCACAAAAAUCUGGAAGGUAGCAACAAUGUACAGGCUUCCGGAAUUGAUUAGAGCAAGUGAAGGCAGACAAGAAAGAGAACAUUUUAAAGAUAAACGGAAACCAUGCACAGGAUUUAGAACAGGCAUAGGGAAACUCGCCCCUCCAGAUGUUUUGAGACUGCAAUUCCCAUCAUCCCUGACCACUGGUCCUGUUAGCUAGGGAUCAUGGGAGUUGUAGUCCCAAAACAUCUGGAGGGCCGAGUUUGCCUAUGCCUGAUUUAGAACAUAAAUAUGCAUGAAUGUGGUAGUUUUUCCUAUGUAGUAAAAUGCUAAGUAUAGUAUAAUUAUGGUGGUGCUCUCCCCCCCAAAAAAAAAUAAGAAAGAAAAAUUGCACUAAUCCAGGGAUUCCCAAACUAUGGCCCACGGACCACUGAGUUUAAUUCAGGGGGUUUUGUGGCAUGUCUGUGAAGAACAGUGGGGUACAGUAGCUCCAUCGUUCUUAGGACCUGGCAGACAACCCAGAAGGUGAGCAGGACAGACCAGAAGCAACAGGGGAGAAGUCACUUAAAAGGGGUGGAGAGGAUUAGCAGUGAAGCUGAUGGGAGGCUAGAAUUAAGAUAAUAAUGAUUAUUAUUAUUAUUAUUAUUAUUAUUAUUAUUAUUAUUAUUUUAUUAUUUAUUAUUUAUACCCGCCCAUCUGGUUGGGCUUCCCCAGCCACUCUGGGUGGCUUCCCAAAAAAUAUUAAAAUACUGUAAUACAUCAAACAUGAAAAGCUUCUCUAAACAGGGCUGCCUUCAGAUGUCUUCUAAAAGUCUGGUAGUUGUUGUUCUCUUUGACAUCUGGUGGGAGGGCGUUCCACAGGGAGGGUGCCACUACACUAUUAAGAAGCUUAAUCUCGAUGCAAUUAAAUAGUGAAUCUAGUACCUAGCACAGUGCAUUGCAAUUGCUGCAACAGGUUGAUGGGAGCCACUAAGACCCUCAGCAAUUUUCAAGUGGCCGAUGGGGGGAAACACUGGGAGCCAUUGCACUAAUCAACUUAUUGGGGGUGGAGAGGGAGGAAAGGAUACUGAAUACAUCCCCCUAUGAUUUCAUGCCUUUUGAAAGUGAACUAUACUUGUGUAUCCCUGAGUGUUGGAUCCAGUGGUAUAGCAUGGGUUGCCGGUGCCCGGGGCCGUGUAGAAGGGUGUGAGGAAGGGAAGCAGACAGAGUACGCAUGCACAUUCAACUGCCUAGCGGCAGGACCGCUGCUGCAGAUAUAAGAAAAUAAGAGUAGUUCCAAUGUCUGGAGAGGUCACUUCCUGGUUCGCAUGGAGAAGCUGUUUUCAACAGAGCCCAGCGAUGGAAGCAAGCAGCUGUACUGAGGCAGUACUGGGUGUUGAAAUUUCGCACCCCUAAUAAUUUUGUGCCUGGGUCAACCGCCCCUGUGGCCUCCAAUGCUACACCUCUGGUUGGAUCAGAAUAGGAAAUCUUGCAUGUGACAUCUGUUUGGGCAUGGAGUCCGAUAGCCAGUUUAGGUUCCAUGCACAGAAAAAACCUCCUUUCUGGCAUAUGGUCCCUAGCCGGAUCAGUGUGAGCAUUUUUUUGUUCCCCAACAGGCAGGGUGAGCAGAUACAAAAGCAGUAUUAGUUGCAAAGCACAGUCUCCAAGCUCUCUCAGUCACCACCAAAAGUUUAAACAUUGCCCCGUACCUGAUCUCACUGCUUACCAGUGAAACCUGGAUACAUAAGAAAAUACGUAUCCAGAUAAAAUGUUUCUGGAUAUGAAUACCGUGGUACCUCGGGUUAAGAACUUAAUUCAUUCUGGAAGUCUGUUCUUAACCUGAAACUGUUCUUAACCUGAAGCACCACUUUAGCUAAUGGGGCCUCCUGCUGCUGCUGUGCCGCCGGAGCACAUUUUCUGUUCUCAUCCUGAAGCAAAGUUCUUAACCCGAGGUAAUAUUUCUGGAUUAGCGGAGUCUGUAACCUGAAGCGUAUGUAACCCGAGGUACCACUGUACAUAUCUGGAGAAAAUGUUUCCAACGGCUGUGGAAGAUAUGGUCAGAAAUCAUUGUUGGUUUGUGUUUACCCUUCAAAGGAGAGGUCCUUGGUGGGAAUGAGAAGGACAGUGCAGAUAAGCUCAUGCUGAUCGAGCCGCAGGUUGACUUCAACUUGGAGGAAAACAAGGAAGAAGGUAAAAAGGCUUUGCUAAGAACGUAAGAGCCACAUAUCUCAACAAUGAGCAAUCCUGAUUUGCUUGCGGGAUAUUUACACAUCUUCGUUCGUUCCACACUUUUCAUUGCAUUGUCCCAUUGCUUUCCUAACAACAAAAACUCUGUGUUGUUGUUGUUGUUGUUUUGUAUAAUUCCCCCCACCCAAAAAAAGAGAGAAAUCAGUGAAAUAAGAUUAUUCUCCCUGGGCCUCUUAAGCAAUAUAAUAUUGUGAUAGUUUUAACCAUCAAUCAUGGCAUUGAACAGCUUGAUAUUUUAUUAUUGACUCUGCUGCUAUGGCAGUUGGAUAUGGGGCUCACAAGAUUGUUUUAGCGCUUAUUACGAUUGGAUUUAUGUGGCAUGGCUGUCUUAUACUCUGCCUGGUGGUGGGGUUCCCGGGGUUUUGGUAUUAUAUUGAUUUUAUUGUAUUUUUAAAGUCGUAUUGGUUUAGAAUCUGUGUUUGUUGUUGCUUUAGUCAUACAUCACCUUGGGAGCAUAUACGGAGCAGAAAUUCAGGCACGCAGCAAAAGCAAGCAAACAAACAAACAAACCCAAACCCCUAAAUAAAUAAGCAGAGUGUGUUCCCUUUCUUCACAGACACUCCAUCAAACUCCAGGGUCCAAAAUUCCAUAACAUGGAUCCUCCUGAUACUGUUCAUCAUCCAGAUUGUGGGCUUGGUGACAACCAUCUUCGUUUUCACAAGUGAGUAGGAAUCAGCUGGGUACCGUCAAAAGACUGGUAGUCAUAAAUGAUUAUAUUCGCUUGGUUCACUAUAAGCUAGUUGGCUUGCUUUGAUGUUACCCUUAUCUGCGGGACUGGGGUGCUGGGCUCCGAAAAGCCCAGAAAAGGGGAGCUAUCUGUAAGAUUUGGGUAUUUGCCACCUAUGACCUCACCUGGGCAGAUGUCAGAGACCAGGCUGAGGAGUCCUGCUCUGAUGAGGAAUGGUGGGAGCCUCCCCCUCUUCCUUUUCCUGACCAGGAUCCUGAAGCUGCCCAGGAGCAGUGGAGCAGUAUAGAUUUGGAGCAGUGGUUUGCAGAGGGGCAUAGUUCGGAAGACAACAGCUGGGCAGAACUGAGUGGGGAAGAGCUAGGAGGAGAAGAACAGGGAGAGAGAGAAUUAACAGACUCCCUUUUGCUGGAAAGUGUCCCAGCACUCAGUCUAAGGUCAAGGAGAGCAGAUAAGGUAGCUAUGCAGAAGGCCAAAUGGUUGCAAGAUCAGGUUGCCAGAUGAGGAAGUGAUGGGGGUGGCUAAGAAGGAAGUGGGUGAAAACCUUAAUUGGGGGCAUCUUUCCUCCGAGAAUGGAAUCUUUGUUUUUCUCUAUGAACAUUAAACAUCUCUUUAACUGGUAAGAGACUAUUUUCGCUUUGUUCUGCUUAUCCACGGCCAAAGGGAGGGAGGAAGCCAUUUCCCCGAAGCCUGACAGCAGGUGAAAUGAAGGGAAGCCCUGGCCAGAGUGACGUGUGCUGCUUUGUGUAUACAGAAUGUAUGAAUGUUUGCUUGGGUGCAGACAUGCCAUCUCCUUGCUGCGGUGCCCAUCCUGCGUCUGUAAAGCAGGCUGAUUUGCUGUAAUUAUGCACCUUUCUUUUCUUUUUUAAAAAAUUAUUUAAUCAUUUUUUCAAUACAGACAGCAACCACAAAAACCACAUACAACAAAAACCACAAUAACACAAUAACACAAUUUAACAAUUCAGAUUUGAGUACUGAUAUACUAUAACUACACCUUUUUAACAAUAUUUCCCCACCUCUCCUCCCCCUACUUCCCACCACUUUCCGCCUUAUCUCUUAAAUAAUCCUUCCAGAUUUCUUCAUAUUUAUCCAUUCUUAAUUUGCGUCGAUAUGCAAUUCAUUCGUAUGUAACUAGUCUGUCCAUAUUGUCGAUCCAUGUGCUCAAUGGGAUCUUUUUGCAGCUCUUCCCAUUCAUCAGAACAAGUUUUUUUGCUUCUAAUAUAGCACGGUACAUCCAUUUUUUUUGACCCCUUGUAAUCUCCCACGUUUCUGGUAUAUAAUUUAGAAUUAAAUUCAGAUCUCCUAAAUAACAUUUUUUUUUUAUUACUCUUGCUAUAUAUAUCCUCACCUUGCACCAGUGUGAGGUAAUUAUGUGCCUUUCUUUAAUAAAACACUAGAGCUGAUCACUCUGGUGUUGUGGACAUCCUUCUUUGGUAUCCCUGCACCCUACUGCUGCCAGGAUCCCACCUUUCGGACUGCGGUUCAGGACAGUCAUAUAAUGCAUUUAUAUAAUGAUCAGGUAGAAUAGCAACAGGUGGGAGCGAGUACUGUGAGAGGUGGAGUUACAUGACAACUGGCCAGUUGCAUUGCGGGAGGUGGGGAAUCUUUGUGUGCCCUGCCAUGCCCCCUGAGUCCCUCGGGAAGCGGACGGGUUUCUAUAACUGUUAUGUACUGAGUUGAAUAGGAUCCAAACUGCAGCAGUCUGAUUGGUCCUAGAACAAUAGGAUCCAAAUUGCAGCAGUCUGAUUGGUCCUAGAACAAUAGGAUCCAAAUUGCAGCAGUCUGAUUGGUCCUAGAACAAUAGGAUUCAGAAUGCAGCAGUCUGAUUGGUCCUAGAACAAUGCAGCAGUAUGAUUGGUUGGCAGGAACCACCCAAUCAUGCUCCAGAUAUAAGUGAAUCCACAACCUGAUUGGCUUACAGUAGAAUUCCAGAAUUAGCCAAUCAUGUGCAGCCCAUUGUGUAAAUAAUGUAUAUAAAGCAGAUACUUUGAGGGGACUUUCAUUCAUUCCUCCUCACCACUAUGAGCUGAAUAAAGAGCAUGAAAUCACUUUGCGACUCUGAGUAUAUUUCAAUAACAAACAAAACAAUGCUGGUUCUCGUCCUCAGAGGCUAAAGCUGAGCUACCAGCCCCUUGUUGCCCAUCUGGCUGGAUUGUGAACCAAGGGAGCUGCUAUCACGUCUUGCAACUGGAAGGGUCCUGGGAUGCCGGCCAGCGCCACUGUUCCUCGCUCGGUGCCUCCCUGGCUGUGGUUGGGGACUUGGAGAGACUGGUAAGAGAAGGGGCCUGCUGAGAUCGCAUGCUUUAUACUUUUUUUAAGGCUUCUUUUCAGAGCAUGCGUCCUGUUAAUAUGCAGCGGUAGCCAAUGUGGUUCGCUCCAGGGGUUGUCUGAUUACAACUCCCACUGGCUGGAACUGAUGGGAGUUGAAGUCCAGCAAUGUUUGGAAGGCAUCAUGACAGCAGUUCCUGCAUUGCUGUAUCCAAACUGGAAGAUGUGUCUUCAGUUUUAAUGUUUCAACAAGUGGGAUGUGAUACAUAAGUAGCAGUCAAGUGCAACAUUCCUUGUUUUCCUAGAGUGGACAUGCGAGGGAAUGUUUGGUCCAGCCAGUCGGAACUUCCUGUUUCCUCCUGGGCUGGGACAUACUUCCUUUGCAUGUGACUAGAGGUGGGCGUGACCUUACCUGUCCAGGGAACAAAAGGACAGGGCACGCAGCACCCUCUCUCUCUCCGACUCUCUUUUUUACUUCCUCCAUCAUUGGAGCAGCUUUCUAGCUAAGGAUGCUCUGUUGACUUCCAGCCAACAGAAGACGCUGGGACUAUCCCCAUAUGAGAUAGUUCCACAUGUAUAUACUUUGUAGCUAAGUCUGCCUUCAGGGAUCCAACUGUGAACUGAUGAUGAUGUGAGUAAACUUCUUUUAGUACUUCACACAAGAUUGUGACAUGUUUAUUCGUUUAGGAGGGAUACAAAGGGGACUUACCAGGAAUAUACAAUUCAAUACUGAAUUGUAUGAUAUUGAGAGACUUAAACAAGCCUGCAACCAGCUAGCUGCUGUGCGUUAAAAGGGGAAUGUGAAACUCUGCUAAGUAUAUUAUAUAAACAAUAUUAAUAAGGAUAAUAUUAAUAUAAGGAUAUUAAUAAACAAUAUAUCCUCUCCUGCCUCUCUGAACAUUCCCACGCAUCAUUGGCUGAAAACUUCUCUAUGUCACCAAACGCAGUAAUCUAUUAUUUUUAUCUUUAUGAGGUUUUUUUUUAUCAUGUGUGUGUAGGCACACAUGCACAGACACUCCUAUACCACUUUGAUAGUAUGAAAUCAUGGCACUGAAGUAUUUUUAUCAGUCCAACAAACAAACAAAUAUGUGAGCUUGGUACCCAGUGCUCCUGAGAUGAAACCUAGCUAUUAAUCUCUCAACUCUGCUCUGGUUUUCAUAUAAACGCAUAAUAUGCAUAAAUUUGGUAGCUGGCCCAGCACUUAGAAACAAACAAGUUAUUUUAAAGUCAGGUCCCUUGGCUAUCCUAAAUGUACAAAAUCCAGCCCUGAAACAUACUGAACCCCACAUUCUCUCUCUUUCGGAACCAGAAAGUCGCCAUGCAAGACAAAGGCCCCUUUGACCACUGGGUUGGCCUCUUCAGAGAAUCAGGAGGAAGCUGGAAAUGGACUGAUGGGACGGAUUUCAACAACCUGUGAGUUCUUCAUGCCUGAGCACCCGCAACUGGGCAACUGCUGACAUUCCUGCAUUUCAGCGGGUUGGACUAGAUGGCCCUUGGGGUCCCUUCCGACUCUACAAUUCUGUAAUUCUAUGAAAUGACACCCUUGGGGAGCUUAGCUUAGUCCCCACUGUAUAUCCAUUGCACCAUCUGCUAAAGACUCUUGUUCUCAACAACCGUUUUCUAGACAUCAUUGGGAAUUGUGCUUGGUGGCGUUCUUGUGUUGUUUCGGUGUCAUUUGCUCUGGUGUUGAAAUACUUGGACAGUUUACAGGCUCCUUCACAAAAUCUGUCCAGUCAGCAUACAUCCUGAUUUGCUUGCUCAAAGCUUACUUAGUGGUUAGACUAUGGUUAGUCUUGAUUGAUCAGCUGUUCUGGUUUGUUUACGGUCCAGUUGUACCACAGAGAGCGUUCAUCCUGAUCUCCUUGCAGGGUGUUUACAUGUCUUCCCUUUCAUCGUUUGUUCGCCCCACGCUUUUCAGCGCAUUUCCUAACCGCAGAAAGCGAGGGGUGUUUUUUCCCCGUAAUGGAUUUGCUGUGCUAGGUUGACAUUCAAUGCACAUGAACUCCAGAAACCUAAUAUCUGGUGAGUGCUUGAAUCCUUCCUGCAAAGUAGUAACAGGCUGGAGGCAUUCAUAGUGGGUUGUGUAGUUGUUGUUUAGUAUCAUCAUCAUCAUCAUCAUCAUCAUCAUCAUAAUACCCCAUCAUCUAGCUUGUUGUGCUCGCCCCAGUCUCUGAAUGGCAAGAGGCACCAGUGGUUCCAGGACUUACCCAGGGUUUUGUUUUCUUAGAACAGAGGUCAGUGGGAGCUGUGAUGUCAGUCUAGGAUAUAUGUGGUCUAAACCACUGAGCCUCUUGGGCUUGCCGAUCAGAACGUCGGCGGUUCGAAUCCCGACUCCCGUUGCUCUGUCCCAGCUCCUGUCAACCUAGCAGUUCAAAAGCACGCCAGUGCAAGUAGAUAAAUAGGUACCGCUGAGGCGGGAAGGGAAACAGCGUUUCCGUGCGCUCUGGUUUCCGUCACAGUGUUCUGGUGCACCAGAAGCAAUUUAGUCAUGCCGGCCACAUGACCUGGAAAGCUGUGUGUGGACAAAUGCCGGCUCCCUCGGCCUGAAAAGUGAGAUGAGUGUCGCAACCCCAUAGUCGCCUUUGACUGGAUUUAACAAUCCAGGGGUCCUUUACCUUUUUACCUAAUAUGGUUUUAUUGACACAUACACACACCCUGAGCAUAUGCUGGAGGGGUUCACAGCAUUAACACUCUUAGCCAGGGGUAGGCAACCUAAGGCCCAGGGGCCAGAUGCGGCCCAAACACCUUUUCAAUCCGGCCCCAAGGACAGUCCAGGAAUCAGUGUGUUUUUACAUGAGCAGAAUGUGUCCUUUUAUUUAAAAUGCAUCUCUGGGUUAUUUGUGGGGCAUAGGAAUUCGUUCAUUUCCCCCAAAAAAAUAUUGUCCGUCCCCCCACAUGGUCUGAGGGACGGUGGACCAGCCCACGGCUGAAAAAGGUUGCUGACCCCUGCUCUUAACAGAUCUUACUUCUCCAUCGGGUCUCCAGGGAAGCCGCAAGCGACAGCUUUGAGUGCAGCACAAAGCAAAGCAAGGCAGGGAUGUUUUGCCCAACAUGGGUCUCAAACACACAACCUUGAGAUUCAGAGUCUCACGCGCUACCAACUGAGCUAUAUAUAAGUAAACUAAUAGUGCAUGUUGCUUUGGGCCUAUCGGUUGGGAAAGCACGUCUGAAAUUUUGCAGGCAAACUGCUGUAUUGUUUACGUGUCUGUUUCCUCUCCCUUUGCAGUUUUGAAGUGGAAGGAGACGGAGACUGCGCUUUCCUAAGCAAGGGGGUCCUGAACAGUGGAGAUUGCUCAGCUGAGAAGAAGUGGCUGUGCAGCUGGAAAGCACAGACCAGAGGCGGAUUCCACAGCCCGGCUGGGGGACGUGAAACUUUAAGAGCUGACCCCGUGCCAAGGGACCUUUCCACGCUUUUACCGUGUUCCUAG